AUGAGGACAUUCACCGCGCUGUAUGCGCUCAUUUCUGUUCUCUCUGUAUCUGCUGCAGUCUUCGAUCAGCAGCCGCCUCAGGAUGUACUCGGCAAAACCACCGUCGAUACCCUAACUGACCGCGACGCUAUCAUAGAGUCGCUUCUUGCUACCCACGCGGAUGAUCCUGUACAAGUUAUGCGUAUUCUAGAUCCCGAGAACGCGUCAGAACUAGAUGCUCCACGGUUGUUGCAAGUAUUUGGGGCCGAGGCAGUAUGGAUGACCGAAGGUGACAAACUACGUCUUCGACAGCAGGGCCUCGGGUUCAUCGAUCUCACCGAUCAUCAGGAUUUGCACGCAUGUCACGGGUCUGCUCAAUCAUCAUGGCCUGAAUUACAUUAUCAAGAGAAGGUGACGUCGGUCACCGAGCUUCUGAGCAAGGACGAGAUGAAGAAAAAUUUGGAGAAAUUUACUUCGUUCCACAACCGGUAUUAUCGCUCGGAGUUUGGUGUCAAGAGUUCACGCUGGUUGUAUAAUCAGAUUCUGGACAUUAUCUCUGCUGCCCCUCCUGGUGUCCGUCUCUCAGUCGAGACGUUCACUCACAUAUUCCCCCAGCCCAGCAUCAUCGCUCGCUUUGAACCGUUCUUUGGACGCGCUUCUCCCAAUCCGACGAUAGCCCUUCCUCGCAUCAUCGUUGGCGCUCAUCAAGACUCUGCAAAUUACCGCUUUCCCUUACUCCCUGCACCUGGAGCAGACGAUGAUGGCUCAGGAACGGUCACAAUCCUCGAGGCGUUCAGAGCUCUUGUCCAAUCUGGAUUCGCUCCAGAACGCCCAGUCGAGUUCCACUGGUAUGCUGCGGAAGAAGGUGGCUUAUUAGGAAGCCAGGAGGUCGUGUCGGAGUACAAGCAAUUGAAGAAGGAAGUAGGCGCCAUGAUUCAGUUUGACAUGACUGCAUAUGUACCAAAGGGAGAAAUUCCUGUUGUGACCUUUAUCUCGACGGACGUUGAUUCGAAUCUGACCAACUGGGCAAUUGGGAUUGCAGAAGAGUACAGUACGUCUGCUGUGGGCAGUGCAAAACUCUUCCCUGGUGCGGGCUCAGACCACAUGUCAUGGUACCGAGCGGGGUACCCUGCCAUAUUUGCAGCAGAGGGCGAUCCAUUCAAAACAUUCAACCCGUACAUCCACACUGCAGGAGACAAGAUAGACCUUGCCGACGGAGAGUUUUCAUUUGAGCAUGCUCUUGAAUUCGCAAAGGUUGCUGUUGGGUUCGUCGUUGAGCUCGGUGGAUGGGUUGAAUAA